AUGUUUGCAAUACCGAAGAUUAUAAAGUCAAAAAAGACUUCAAGCUUACUACCGGUCUCGGAUAUAACCAAGUUUAAAUGGGAAGACGUUGUGGAGAAAGAAGAAAUUGGUCGCGGUAGCUUCGGUGCAGUGUACCGUACAAAGUUUAACAAUGUGCCUGUUGUGGUAAAAAAAUUACAUGAAAGAGACGAGGAGUCCAUGAAAGAAUUCAUAAAAGAAGUGAAAUUGUUAGAAUCGCUAAAACAUGAAAACAUCGUGAAGCUGAAAGCAAUUUGUACGAAUCCGAACGCAAUGAUGCUGGAAUUUGUGAACUUUGAUUUUCGAUUGUUUGGGGAUGAGGCACAGGUCAAUAACCUUUCAGAUUUUCUUACGCAUGUGGACGAGACUAACGACUGCAAAGGAUUCGUCCACUUAAUGCCUGUGAUUGCUGAAGAUAUAGCCAAAGGUUUAAACUAUCUUCACGGCAUUGACAUUGUUCAUAGGGAUAUGAAAACUGCCAAUGUAUUGGUUAGCAACCAACAUUAUAACGCUUUGGAGGACGAAGAGAAAUUUUUUAUGGAGUGGAAUAAGAAACCCAUCACGUGCAAGCUGUCCGAUUUUGGCGAAAGCCGAUCUCGCGAAAUUCAAACUAGGACAUUAGUUUGUACAAAAACCGCCAAUGUUGAUAGGGGUACCCCGGCUUACAUGGCUCCUGAAACAAUUCUUUACAGUGAUGUAAGCAAGGAAGCAACGAUUGAGGAUUUAAAGAAGAUUGAUGUCUGGGCAUACGGCAUGGUGUUAUUUAAAAUCUGCAAUCCUCAUAUCAGAUACCCCUAUCACCUAGAAGUCAAAGACCGUAAGGAUAAGCUAAAAGCAAUGCGAACAUUGAUCAAGGAAGGCAGACGUCCCACCCCUGAUUCAAAGUAUGAGUGCUUGCAUUCAAAUGAGUGGAAGAUUCUGCUGGAGUUGCACAACACCUGCACAAUGUUUAACGGCACAGAUAGGCCAUAUAUUCAUGAAAUUGUGGAACGUUUUGGCCUUGAUCAUAGGGAAGAAUCCAACAAUCAUUCGCCAAAAAGGUAUUAUACAAAACAAAAUACCUCAAAGUAUUUUAUGGCAACUAUGCAGGGCCGGAACUACUGGGAAGGGGGGGGGGGGCAUUUCGGAACAUUUUUUUUAGUUGAGUCCCCAGAAAGGGGGCCCAAAUUUUUGAAUUCACCCCCCCUGUCAGAUACCGCUUGGCACAGUUCUGCAACUAUGCACUAAUCAUGAUAACACCCCCCCAUGCAUGAAAUGUAAGACAAUAAACAUUUCUAUGACAAGACAGAAGUAUAGAAUGCUGCCCAACCCAAUUAUUAUGAACUAAAUAAAGUUGGGCAUAUUAAAACGUUUACACUCCUACAUAUGUAAGUUGUAGAUGAGGAGACCUUGAUGCCCCAUUGGGUAGCAGCACCCCCCUCCCCUUGCUCAGUGAAAUUGUCUAGUGUUAAACAGAGUAAAAUAAUAAAUAUGGUGCAUUAAUUAAAUUAAAUUAAUCAAGCAAUUGUACCCCAUUCAGAACCAUUUACCACCAAAGUGAUAAAGCAUAUGUUCCUUACCAAAUAUUCUCGAUAGAUUGGGUCUUGAUAUUGUGCAAUUGUUUGACGAAGAGGAGGCAUAUGACACGAUGGAUGAUCUUUUACCUGACAG